CCACCAUUUCUCAAUCCUCUCAAGCCCCUCUCUCAAAUCUUCAUCAUCUUCUUCUCAAUCCUCCCUUGCUCUCUCUUUCUCUCUAGAAAUCUUUUCUGUUUCUUAACAUCUAGAGAGAUGACUUUCGAAGAUCAAAGCAACAACACCAUGAUGGUUACAAGAGCAGGGAAGAAAAGAGCUGCAGUUCAGAAUAUCAGACCAUCUGUAUCUAAGAAAAGGGUUGUAUUAGGCGAUGUAACAAAUCUGAAAUGUUUUGAGUUUGGUAAUGGAGGAGGAGAAGAUUCAGAUUCAGAUUUUGAUGAAGAGGAGUUUAAGAAACCUAUUGUUCCUAGAGUUAUCAAUAGAAGGAAGAAGAUUAUGGGAAGGAAACCUGAAAUCGAUGAUCCUCAGAUGUGUGUUCCUUACGUAUCUGAUAUCUAUCAGUAUCUUCAUUCCAUGGAGAUUGAGAACAAAAGAAGGCCAAAACCAGAUUACAUUGAGAAAGUCCAAAUAGAUGUCACAGUGACCAUGAGAGGGAUCUUAGUGGAUUGGUUAGUUGAAGUAGCUGAAGAAUACAAGGUUGUAUCUGAAACCCUUUACCUAGCUGUUUCAUAUCUUGAUAGAUAUCUUUCAUCGAAACCGAUUCAUCGUCACAAGCUUCAAUUGCUUGGGGUUACUUGUAUGUUCAUUGCUUCGAAAUAUGAAGAGAUUAGUCCACCAGAUCUAGCUGAUUUUUGUUACAUAACUGAUCAUACCUACAGCAAAGAAGAUAUCAUUAAGAUGGAAUCAGAUAUCCUUAAUUCUCUUAACUUUGAAAUGGGUAAUCCAACUAUUAAGUCAUUUUUGGGUAGAUAUGCAAUGGUUGCUCAAAAGAAUGUUAAGUCCAAAAAUGUGUUGGAGAAUUUGGGUUGUUAUCUUGCAGAGUUGAGUUUAUUGGAUUAUGGAUGUGUUAAGUUCUUGCCGUCAAUGAUUGCUGCAUCAGUUGUAUUUCUUUCAAGGUUUACGCUUCAGCCAAAUGUGCAUCCUUGGAGUGCAACUCUUCAAAGUUGUUCAGGUUAUAGUGCUGCUGAUCUGAAGGAUUGUGUGCUAGCUCUUCAAGAGGUGCGGUUGAGUAAGAAAUGUGGUGCUUUAUCAGCAAUUAGAGAUAAAUACAGACAAGGAAAGUUCAAUUCCGUAUCGAAAUUGGUUUCUGUUGCAGAAAUCCCUAAGUCUUGCUUUGAAGAUGUGGAAGUAAUUGAAGUAUGAAAUAGAAAUGUUUUUCUUUGAGCAACACUGAUAAUGAGAAAUAGUGGAUUCUUUCAUUUGCCUGCUAUGGAUGCUUGCCUUGCUUGGCUCAAUAACACAAGGCUGCACGUGCUUGGAGGGUGCAGAGUUUAGAUCUAGCGUUAGCAAACCACGUGCAGCCUUGUGUUAUUGAGCUGGAGAAUGGAUAUGACUGUCUAGGCCAAAGACGCUUGCUGCAACUCAGUUCAGAAGGCAAAAUCAAGAAUUGACAUGUAGUUUGUUAAUUCUUUUGUUUGUUGUGUAACAUGUUGGUUACUUGGUUUAGCUUUGUUCUAACUUCUAUGUAAACAUGUUGGUAGCCACUUUUGCCAAAAACAGACUCUUCAUUGAAAAUGUAAUUUGAAGAGAUGAGGAAACAAAUUUGUUGUGAUCAUCAUUCGGAGAAAUAAAAUACGAACACGAUUUUACUCAA